AUGCUGCCUCGAGCCGCCCUCCGCGCACUGCGCACCCGGCCCGCACUGGCAGCUCCGCGCAUCGCACCUAUAGCUUCCACCUCGCAAUGGACGCGCACCUACGCCAAAGUCGGCAAGCCAAAAGACAACACAUGGAAACCCGCAGACCCAAUCAAGUUCGACGAGGGCAACAAAGCGCGGCCCAACCCCGUCAACCCUUCAGAGCAGCCCGAGUUCGACACUGCGGCGGCACCCGACAAAAACACAACACCGACACGGCCCUCAAGACCAGUGGAGAGUGCAACCCAGGCCUCGAAACAUGCGGGCAGUGACUUCAAAAUGGGGGAGCAGGAAGAGAUGUCGGGACCCAAGUCGCCCAGCGAGAACACAGACCCCACCACCGAAAGCCCAGAGUCGCAACAACCACAGAAGCCGCUGCCGGAUCUGCGAUACGGAAUCCCCUCGACCUUCGCUGAGGAGCAUGCCGAAGCCGAAGUCAAGGCCAAGAGAGACCCCAACGACCCAAACGAAUUCUACGAGGACCCCACACCAGGCGCUGCGGGCGGUCGAGAGGGCGGUGGUGGCGGCGAACUCCCCAAAUCCGCAUACGAGACCAGUACCGACAGGCGGCGGAAUCGCGUUGCAAACUGGUCCUAUCUCGCCAUGCUACUCUUUGGUACAACGGGUGCAGUCUUCAUGGGCAGGAACUGGGAGAAUGAAGAAGAGGAAGCAGCUCACAUUGAUGCUCCAAACGGUUGGACAUUGGGAGGCAUGUACGCUCGUGCAGCCGCCCGCAUCAACGGACAAAAGGCAUACUACACAGAGCCCACCUUCCAGAAGUUGCUACCAGACAAGGAAAAGAUUCCUGGAGGCGCGCCCGAACUUACUCUGGUGCUGAGUCUGGAGGACCUGCUGCUACAUUCAGAAUGGACCACCAAGCAUGGCUACCGACUAGCCAAGCGACCCGGUCUCGACUACUUCCUACGAUACCUCAGCUCACAAUACGAGCUCGUCAUCUUUACCUCCGUCAAGUCCAUGGAUGCCGACCCCAUCAUUCGCAAGCUUGAUCCAUUCCGUCUCGUCAUGUGGCCACUCUUCCGUGAAGCUACUCGCUUCGAAAAGGGCGAGUACAUCAAGGACCUUUCCUACCUCAACCGUGACCUUUCCAAAGUCAUCAUGAUCGACACCGACCCCUCGCACGUCAAACUCCAGCCCGAAAACGCCAUCAUCCUGCCCAAGUGGAAGGGAGAACCCGGAGACAAGGGCCUCGUAGCCAUGAUUCCUUUCCUUGAGUACCUCGCCAUGAUGUCUCAAACCGGCACCCCAAUCGACGUACGCACCGUUCUCAAGUCCAUGGAAGGCAAGGACAUUCCUGUCGAGUACGCUCGUCGUGAAGCCAAACUCCGCGAACAGUUCCAGCGCGAUCUCCAGGAACAGAAGAAGAAGACCAAGGGAAGCGCAGGCGGCAUGUUCAUGAAGAGUUUGGGUCUUGAUGGGCCGAAGCAGGGCAUGGUUCUCGGUGACCAAAACAUCAGCCAGGGAAUGUCAGAGGGCAAGAUGAUGAUCGACAUGUACCGCGAUUUUAACAAGCAAAACUACAUGCACCUGGACAAGCAAAUUCGCGAGAACGGGGAGCAAUGGCUCAAGGAGAUGGCUGAGGAGGAAAAGAAGAUGCAGGAAGCUCAACUCAACGACAUGAAGGCAGGCGCAUUCAGCUGGUUGGGUGGUUCAGCGCCUCAAACAGCCACUGUACCCUCAGCCGCGAGCGCCCCGGAGGCGGCGGCAAGUCAUCAGGAGGGUGUUCAGCCGACGCAGACACGCCCUGCCAAUCAUCUCGUCAAGAGCACCGAACUAGAAGCCAAGGGUUUCUUUGGGGGCGUGUACCAAUGGGACUUUGAUGUCCUCAGGGUAAACAAGCAGGUGUGCGAGGAAGCAAAGAAGGUGUGGAGGAGAGAAAAUAUCUUUGUCAAGGUUGCUACACCCUGGCCUUCUGCGGGUAUGUAUCGGGUUUACUUGAUGGCGACAGAAGGGGUUCCAGAGUUGCUCGAACGCGCCGCGACGACUCUCAGUGGAAUUCGCGGACGCAUGAACCACAUCUCAUCCGAGGGUCUGGUACCCAUCGUGUGCACCGACGCCCGUGCCGACGCAUUCACGUCGUAUCAUGCCGUUGUACAGAUAACCGCACCGUUCCAUGGAGUUGUGCCUGAACAUAUGGUCGUUAUGCUUGUGGAUGAUUUGCACCUGUUUACCAAAACGUGGUACUAUAGUGCACUGUCGUAUCCUAUGCUCAAUGAGCGGCUGUCGACUACCUUUGUCCUGAGGAAUCCGUAUGCAGAGUACAACGAUGAAGAGGAAGGCACAGCAGAAGCGCAGGAGGAGCAAGAAGGUCUAGGGAUUCCAAUUUCUCUGCAGCGGAAACUCUUGUUACCUUUCGAACACGUCAAAGGUCUCCAUGGUACAAGCAUACACGGCUACUCCCCCGCGGUACGCGAAGAACUUGCUCGCCUCCAAGCCAAACCUGUACCCACGUUGCGUGAAUCCGUCGAAAGCGCCACAGACUUCAUGCUAGCUGGAGACGCCGCGCUCGCAUCCCCGUCAAAUGCCGAUACCAAUAGUAAAGACGACCCUGACGCCGAAGCUGCAAACCGAGAAGCCGCCCUACAAGCUCUCGAGCUCUACAGAAAAGCAUUUCAUGCAAUCCAUAUUCUGAUCCACGGACGCACACGCCGCGUCCUCGCAGACGACUUCUUCCACGAUAGUAUAACGUCCGGUCGUUACGCCGGUCAAACUGGGAUAACCAUACGCGUCGUGCUACGCCUCAAACUCGUCUCACGAACCGUUGCAGCAUACAACAAACUCGGUCAAUGGGGUGAGGCUGCCUUCUGGGGCUUUCGUACGGUACAGAUCCUGCAAGAAUCGUUCAACACUGAUUUCGAACAUUUCUUGACCGACUUCAUCGAGGGCUCUGAUUCUGGUUUGGUUUAUGUACGGGCUGGAGUUGCAUUCUGGCAUAUGGAGAAGGACAAAGAGGCCUGGUUGGGAGAGCUGAUUAGUUAUGCUGAUGAGCCUGUGGCUGAGAGUGGUCGGCUGUGGGCGGCGGCCCGGAGAUUUGUUAAGCCUGCCGCGAGGGCAGAUGUAAGGAAGGAGUUGCAGGAUCAUGGUGUACCACAAACGAUGAUCAACCUGUUUAGUGAUGUAGCGACUAGGGAAGAAGCUGUUGAGAGUACCGUAGCUGAUGAUGGAAGUGGUACCAGCGAGGAGUAA